UACCGAUACCAAAAAUGGCGUCGUGAUUUCCCAGUUGAUUUUCCCAGAAAAUGCAGCAUAUUUCGUGGCCCAAUAACGCAUCAAGUGAAAUGUGGGCUUAAUUAGCGGAGAGCAACGAGCCCAAGGCAUGCAAAAGAAGCCCAUCCCAGUCAGGAAACCACACCGUAGUUUUGGGAAGCGGUCAUGGCAGCGGCGGCGACGGCAGCACCUGCGACAUCCAGCGGGAAUGCCAGUGUACCUGCUCCACUGCCCGCGGCUGCCCCAGGCGGAGGAGGAGGCGCACCAGGUGCUGGUGGGGGUGGAGCAGGUGCCCAAUUCCGGGAAAUUCACAAGAACACAUGGCUCAAACGGCUGACAGCGGAUGGGAAACGACUGACCGUCGGGCCCAAGAAAUCUGAGUGCUCCUGGGUGGUGUUCUGUGUUCACGAUGAUACGGAAGCUCUGCUGGAGGGCUAUGCGGAACCUCGUCAGGCAGCUGGUCAUCUGCCGGAAUGGGCCGUUUCCUUGCGGGAAACCCUGCACAUCUCCCAUGCCCUCAUCCCCAAUUCGCAUGAGUUCGAGUUUGUGGUCACGCUGAGCCACGAGGUGUUGCGCUUUCACGCCGUCUCUUGGGAGAUUAUGCAAGAGUGGGUGGAAACGCUGCGCUCCAAGCUGCGCGAAAUGAAGAUUCUGUCGCCGCGCGAAAACCUCUACACGAAGCUACCUGAAGUGCGCGCACCGUUGCUGCCCACGCGGGAUCCCACAUCGCCACUGCCACCACCUCCUCCAGUUCCGGCGGCUCUGGUACCGGGCGUCGAGCGUGUGGUGGCACCCAGCCAUCAGGCUCCGCCAGCACCACCUCCUGAGCCACCAACAAGUCCAGUGCCCACCACACCUGCACCUCCUGCCCCUGCUCCCGCUGCCAUGUCCAACACUUUAACGCAGCACCUCCUCAACAUGCUCUCCGAUCCCAUAAGCACCUACAGCGAGCAGAUCAGUGAGUCGGUAGAGUCAGCCUCUGGUCAGGAAGAUGUUGCUGUAGCUGAGGAACCUCCAGCGGAGCAACCGACCACUAGUGAUGCCGAUUUGAAUCUCUCGGAUGACGAAUACCUGUCGCCCUUGCUGCGCAAGGCAUGUAUGCUUACCGAGAAUGGAGCUCGCGUUGACGUCGUGGUGGUCACUGGACAGCGCGUUUCUGCCGAUCAAGUCCUAAAUUUGGAGCACAUUCUGCAAUGCGAACGACUGAUUCCCAGACCGCAAACAUCGCGAUCCAUGUCAGCUGGAGCGGCAGACAAAUCAAAGCGACCGCAACGCAAGCCCCUCCAAUCCCAAUCUUCGAGCGCCGCUCCUACGAACAGUGCGGACUCUCAGGACAACAUCACAAUUAUCCAAGUGUCGAAUACCGCCAACAGUGGCCAGGAACAUCCACCCGAACUGCCGCCCAAGAACACCACCACCGCUGAGGUGUUUCGAUUCCCUGAGGUUAAGAGCAAGCCCCAGACUAAUGCCAAGCAGCAGCCAAUCCAGACCCAUCACGAGUAUAAAAGCAACGUACAAAUCAUUCCGUCCAACGCCAGUAGCAGUACCAGUACCAUUCAAGUCCUUGGCAAACAGUCCAGUAGCAGCAAUCCGUAUACAACGCCCGUUAAGCAAAGCUCGUCCAAUGGCUCCAGUUCACAGGUGUCGGGCACCACGAAAGUAAAGGUGUUGGGUGACGGAGACGCAACCACCAAGGUGGCUGUCUACGGCACCUGCUAUCCAGCGGCCGGAGGAAGUGCACCCAGUUCUUCCGCAGCCUCUUCCUCUGUUAAUCCUGCCAAGCCGCAGACGCCCAGAUUAAGUAAAAAGAUAAUACUCAGUGCCAACACCUCGGGCAUUACGAAUAUUAGCGUGAAUACAGAACAGGGCAGUGACUCCAUAAUCAGUGGUAAUAUCCACUACGAGAAGGUCUUCCUUUCCUCCAGCAUUCCGAUCACCAGCAGAAGCAGUCCCACAAGAGUGGCAAACACGAAUACCACACAGCCAGUGACUAAUGGCAGUCCAGCUUUGCCACGUCGUCGGUUGGCUUCGCCGGCAACGGCGCAACCAGUGACCCCCAAUGCAGCCGGCAGGGCGACGCCGCAGUUGACCCGAGGACUAACCGAACUGGUCAUUAGUUCGCGGCCAAGUAGAAGGGAUUUCCACUACCUAAAGCUGUUGAACACGCCACUGAAAACGAAGACAUCGCACAAGUCAACCAGCGCCGCGAAUAACAACAUUGAACAAUCCACGCCUUCCAGCUCCAAUAGUACCCAAGUUACGCCAACGCAAAGGAAUAACACCUCGAUUGUAACCGGUGACAGCCAGGAGCAGCGGCGACGCAGUUCGUCCACAUCCGAUGCCCAGGCUCCACUUCAGCGGGUCCCUCAGCCCGCAACGCAGCGUAACGCUAACAAUAACGAGUUUACGCCAUCCCGAAACGGAGCCUUUCGUAUGCAGCCACCGCCACAGGGAACACCUCCGUCAAGCACCAAUCCCGCCCAGCAGUCGCCCAACAAGCGAUUGACUUUGCGGGAGCAGCAAGUGAUGCAGCUGCGUCGCGAGAUUAUGCAUCCUGGAGGAGUGCGACUGAAUCUAAGGCGCAAGGACUGCGUCGGUUCCAUCGCUUGGGUAGAAGCCUUCGGUGGCGUUUGGUAAGUUAGAGAGAACUUCGUAUCAUCUCCACGGUGAUUGUAUGUAGACCGAAUUAUAUUUGGAAAUUGUAUAAGCAAUUGGUAUGAUUCACUAACUAGUUGUGUUUACAGGAUUGCAGGCUGGAAGCAGAAGGAACACCCUGUGCUCUACAAUGCCCUACACAUCGGUGAUCAGCUACUGUCCAUAGCAGGUGUGAGCAUUAGCAGUGCAGCUGAGGCCAACAAGAUAAUAAGGAACACCAAUACGCUAUUUGUUGAGGUCUUGCUGCGACGAAUCCCAUUUGGUCGCGCCUAUGCUAUCCGACGUGACCGCGAGGGUCAGUGCCUGGGUCUGAUUCGGGAUGGAAACACUUCGACAAUCGUGGAUGUGGUGCCAAAUAGUUUGGCUGCACGUCACGGUCUUCCGCCCAAGACGCAAUCGUGUGACGGAAAUUCACUUACCUUUUGGAUGCUCACCGAGAUCAAUGGUCGUUCGCUGAAUCUGUUCUUCAAGGAUUUCGAGAUACGCGACCGCCUGAACUCCGUGGGACGCGAUAUAUCCAUUUUGGUGCAACCGUCGGAUUUGAUAACCAAGCUGAAAAAGCAGCUGAAGUCGCUGCGCGGCUACAAGGAUUACUUAGUGCAGUAGUCACUAGCUAUAACGAACGAUUCCAUAUAACCACAAAUAACUCUCAACUGUAAUAAGCUGCUAUACGCGAGGCAAUUUCGAAUAGCUCCGGGCCAGUAAUCAUUCCAUCUUCGCGAAAAGGUCAAUGAACGCAGCCACUAUAUAGUCAACUAGAACUGGUAGAAACAUUUCGCUAUAUUACGUACUACACACUACAUAUAUUAACUAUGAUCGAAACUACUUAAAGGACUUAGGUGUAGCGUUGAGGAACAUAUACAAAAGCAACCUAUAUAUUUUUUGCAAAACUUUAUAUAAACUCGUACAUAUAUAUACAAAUUGAAUAGAUAUAUAUAUAUAUAUAUAUAUAGAUCUAUAUACACCAUAUGUAUAGCUGACACUUUGAAGGGCUACCAAAUUUACACCUCGAAUUUGUUUAGAUGCGGAAAAGUUAUGAGAAAUUUACAACAUGAAAUUCAAGUAUUUUAGGUUAACAUAUACACGCGUAACCCUUACACACACAACUGUGCAACUUAGUAUCCUUAUGCAAUAUUGGAGUGCCUCUGAUUUUGUUCAUUGAUGUUGUUUUCUUUCAUGUUUUCAUUUGUUUCGUGCGAAAAGACAUACGCAUCUGUCGUAACAUAUAAGAUGUGAUAAAAAUGAGUACUCAAAUUUAGGCAAUUUUAAACGAUACAUAUGUAAAUGCUUUUUGAUUUAUUUUAUUAAUAAGUUUCCGUGUGUUAUUUCGAUAAACAUAUUACUUAUGCGAAAAAUUCAUUAAAGCAAUUCCACGCAAAUC